AAGGAGAGAGAUUCACUGAGCAUUAAAUAAGUAAAUAAUUCAAUAAUAUAAUUAUUGUUAUAAGUAUUGUAAUACUUAGUCUUUGCUUUAUCUCUCGGUCCUGCUUCUAUUAGCAUUCAUAAUCUUCUCUAGCUAUCCAUAGGUGUGAUUAUUGAUUAGUCUAGGGCGUGGCAGAUCUCUGCUGCAUGCAGCAUCUACAGUUGACGCCCUGUUUGGUUUGUUAUGCUCAUGAAGAUGAGUUUGUUGAGUGUUCUGGCCUCCUUCUUGACACUGGUCUACGUUGCUAACGCUCAAGGACGUGGAACAGUUAGACUCUACAGCAACAACUCCACCUCAUCAACACUAACUGCUGGAAUAGUCCAGAUAUACUAUGGUCAUUCCACUGGUACAAACACAUGGGGCAAUAUCUGUGAGGACGAUUCAUUUGGUCACAACGAAGCUGACGUCAUUUGUAACCAGCUGGGAUAUGACGGAGCUUCAACUUUUGGCAAAGCAGGAAGCACAACAAUGUAUGGGACUGAUUCCCUUCACACAAUUAUUGAUGAUGUUACCUGUUCUGAUGAUGAUUUCUUAACACUCCAACAGUGUAGCUUUGAUACUACAAUCUCAAGUACAUGUGGUGAUUCUAAUGAUGCCUUUGUUGUCUGCUAUACUACUAGAAUCUGGGAUGCUCCUUAUUCUGGACAGAUACGUUUGCAAAAUGGAACUAAUUCAAGUUAUGGUAGACUGGAAGUAUAUUGUAAUGGACAGUGGGGUACAGUAUGUGAUGAUAGCUUUGGCUCAACUGAUGCUAGAGUUGCCUGCCGUCAGUUAGGAUACAGUGAUUCUUAUACAUAUACCAGCACUGAUGAUCUUGGUGGUUCUGACACUCAGGCUAUCUGGUUAAGUAAUAUUGACUGCAGUACUGAUUCAGAGAGCUGCUUUGCUUAUUGUGCUCACUGCCCUAGAGCUGAGAAUCAACCAUCACAGUGCUCACACAGUCAAGACAUAUCAUUAGGCUGUCAGUUUAAUCCUGACUAUCCAGUCCCCAGUAAUACCCUGGAGACUUGCAGAUAUGCUGAUGAUAUUGCUUCAACCAUUAAUGACCUUGCUGCCAUCAUUGGAGGAGUAGUUGCAGUUUUUAUUGUAUGCUGUAUCCUCAUAAUAACAAUACCAUUGUGUGUAUGUUGCUGUUUGGGUGUUGGAGUGGGAGCUUUAAUAGGAGGAAGUACAAGGAGGACAGGACCACAACAAACUCCAGCAGCCAUUGAAGCUGGAGCUGGCUUAUCAAAUACAAGAAAAAGUAAUCCAUUAUCAGGAACACAUCCUCCACCUUCAGGUGGGCAAAAGGAAAGACUUCCGGCUCAAAAGAAAAACCCUCCAACACAGAAAGUCACCAAACAAAAACCUGAGGAUGAUAUUACAAUGCAAGUAUGUGAACCAUAUGCUCUUCACAAAACAUCUCCUGGUGCUUUUAAUGAUGAAAGUCCAGCUCCACAAGAAGAACUACCUCCUCCAAUCGAAGAAGUACCUCCUCCAAUAUCUCCCCCUGAAGAAGAAAUUACUGUUGCUGUAAAAGAAGAAGUUCCACAAGAAGAAAGUCCUCCUCCUCCUCCACAAGAAGAAGAAAUACAAGAAAUUUCUCCUCCAAAAGAAGAAAGUCCUCCUCCGCAAGAUGAAGAUGAAGUACCUCCUCAAGAAGAAAAUGAACUACCUCCUCCAGAAGUACCUUCUCAACAUGAAGUAUCUCCUCCUCCUUCACAGGAUGAAGUACCUCCCCCAGAAGAUAAUGGUGUACCUCCUCAAGAUGAGGCACCUUCUGAAGACCAAGUACCUCCUCCUCCACAAGACGAAGCUUCUCCACAAGAUGAUGAAGUAUCUCCUCCACAAGACAAAGCUUCUCCACAAGAUGAUGAAGUAUCUCCUCCACAAGAUGAAUCUUCUCCACAAGACAAUGAAGUACAUGUACCUCCUACACAAGAUGAUGAAGUAUCUCCUCCACAAGAUGAUGAAGUAUCUCCUCCACAAGAUGUUUCUCCAGAAGGAGUAAGUAGUCCUGAAGUACAAGAGGUUCCUACAGCUGCUGCUGCUCCACAAGAAGAGAUACCUCAAGAGGAAGAGCCUGCGCAACAAGAAAAUUCUACACUGCAAGAGAACGAAGAAGAGCAACCCCCCACAGAGAUAUAGAACUAGCCUCCUCAGUUUCGCUCAGUUUUAACAAGCUGCUUUGUGUAGAUAGUACAUCGAAAUAUCAUUAUAGUUUAGGUUCCAAUUUUAUAAUGAUUUUACAUUUAUGUUAGUGUUAUUUUUAUAGCAUAGAAUUAUUAUUUUCU